CAGAGACGUUUCUCUCUUCCCCACGCGGUGGGGCUGCGCAUGAGCAGUAGCCGCAGAGUUGGAAAGAUGGCGGAAGAAGAGCCAAGAAAAAAGAUCCCUUUGGUUCCAGAAAAUCUCCUGAAAAAGAGGAAGGCUUAUCAGGCCCUGAAAGCCACCCAGGCAAAGCAGGCGCUUUUGCAAAGGAAGGAGCAGAGGAAAGGAAAAGAGAUCAAGUUUAAGCGACUAGAAUGGUUCCUACAUGAUUCCUGGCGGCAACUACGUGACAGGGUGCGACUCAGACGACUAGAAGUGAAACCUCAUGGCUUGGAAGUGCCAGAUAAACAUUCCUUGGCCUUUGUUUUACGCAUCGAAAGGAUUAAUGGGGUGAGUUUACUGGUGCAGAGGACCAUUGCAAGACUUCGCCUGAAUAAGAUUUUCAGUGGUGUCUUUAUGCAAGUAACUCCUCAAACCAUAAAAACGCUUCGUAUAGUGGAACCUUAUGUGACCUGGGGAUUUCCAAAUUUGAAGUCAGUUCGGGAACUCAUCUUGAAACGUGGACAAGCCAAGAUCAAGAAUAAAAUCAUCCCUUUGACAGACAACACAGUGAUUGAGGAGCACCUGGGGAAGUUUGGUGUCAUUUGCUUGGAAGACCUCAUUCACGAAAUUGCCUUUCCGGGGAAGAAUUUUCAGGCGAUCUCAGGGUUCUUGCGCCCUUUCCAACUCUCAGUGGCCCGUCACGCUACCAAGAAUAGAGUGGGCUUCCUCAAGGAAGUGGGCUCACCUGGCUAUCGAGGUGAACGCAUCAAUCAGCUCAUCCGGCAGCUGAACUAAACCCAGCAUAUCUGAAGGCACAGUGCAUUGGAAGCAUGUGUUUUUGUUUUAUGGAAUUGUUACCCAGUAUCUUCAAGCAAGAUUAUUUUCUGCUGUAUCUUCAGAAACUGGAGGGGAAGGGUCAGGGAAAAGAUGGUGAUGUUCAGGGCAGGCACUUUUCAUCCCACUUCAGUUCCAAGAAAAAGUUCCUGUGUGUUUUCUGCAAAGACCGCCGUCCAUCUCUGAAACGAGCAAAGGACUUGUGCCAUGGAGGAGGGAGUCCUGUUUUAUCACACCUAUCCUGGGAUUUAAUGUUGGUGAACGAAUGAAUACCCACAUAUGAAUACAAGACAGCAGUGGACCAGGCCCAGGGGCAUAUUGAACCUGGGGUAUCCAAGGGCCUUGUUUUGGAAAGAACUUGAAAUACAAUUAGAAAGAAGCGCACAAAAACAAUGCCCUGUUGUCUGCUGUGAGUCUGUGUUCUAACUUCCUUAGUGAGCUCUCCGACUGGCUGGCUCUAGGUGUAUCUGGUAGCUUCCUUAUCAUCUUUGCAACUGGCUUAGUGUUUUCUCUAGCUCGGGAUUUUAACCGACUCUUGGAUCUAUGCAAAGGGAAGGACCCUUUCCCCAGGAAAACAUGCAUACACUCCAGUUUUUUUCCUGGAAGUUUAAGGUGUUUGUAGAUCUUUCUCAGGGACCCAGGCACCUUAUGUGAAGAAGUCUUGCACUACCAGGAUUGGUCACACAGGCUCUGACCUUGCUAGUGUCCUCUGGUUCUGUGCCCUGUGGAAGACCAAGGCUUACCAAGGUGGCUUUUUUCCCUUCAAGCCAGUGGGUGUUUCCUAUUAAGAACAUGGUGGUAGAUUGCUGAGCCCCUGUGCCUUUAAUCAGUUGAUCUUAAAAAGAAAUGGAAAAUUUUAUUUGAGCCAAAUUUGAGGAUUAUAACCCAGGCGGAGCAUCUCACAAAGCCCUGAGAACUGUUCUGCCCAUUAGAAGUCAAGACACAGUUGUAUAAGCUUUUUGAGACAGAGGAGGGUUGUACACCAAAUGACAUAUAAUUGACAAUUUACAUAAUCCAGACCUGAGCACCAUGUGACCCCUUACCAAGAAGGAAUUUUACCCUUAAGGAAUUGUCUUAGGAGAAGGUUUCUCAUUAUGGUUGAGUGGAAAUUUCUGCCGAUGGGGCAGGUUUGGUCAAUGCAUAACGCAGAUAACACAGUGCACAGUGGUGGGAGAGAGGAGGCCAAAGGGCACAGAUUUUU